CUCAGAUCAGAACGGGGUGUGGCGGAUUAGAAAACAUUGAAACAAAUCACAGAUCUGUCGCAGUUGCUGCCUAACGGCGCUCGGCGAGAUCGAUUCAAGGACUAAAAGAAAGAAAAGAGAUUUACCGUUUUCUCUUUGUCUGAUUCAGUCGCCGAUUUUUUCCCUCGACUUCUUUAUACCUGUGCAGAAGGGUUGCUCUAAACUUUUUUUUCUUUCUUUUUUUUUUUUUUUUUUUUGGUGUAAAACUUUUGGAUUAGUGGGUAUUGUUUUAUGUGGAUUUUGAUGUUUUUGGAGCCUUAAACAUCAACAGUUUGUCGGUUCCAGGUGGUGUUCUCAAUAUCAAACUUCACCGUUUUCAACACUUAACGCCUUAUUAAAGAUUAUCUGGACGCAUUUUUGGAUUUAUAGCGUCUUGAAGUCGCUUCCCUUCUUUGACUUGCGACAUUUUUUUUUCCAAAGCCAAAAGAGGAAGUUAUCCGAGUCUAUUACUCACGGAAGACUCUUUAAAAACAUCUCUUGCAGCUUGACAAAAGGUUUAUACCUUUUUAUUUUUCCUCUUAAAUCGAUCCUGUGAAUCCGUCGCCCUGAAGCGUGCAUUCGGAACUAUGGGCUGUACCGUGAGUCAGGACGAUAAAGCCGCGGCCGAGAGAUCCAGAAUGAUUGACCGGAAUCUGCGGGAGGACGGAGAGAAAGCUGCUAAAGAAGUCAAACUGCUGCUGUUGGGUGCUGGAGAAUCAGGGAAGAGCACCAUCGUAAAACAGAUGAAGAUUAUCCAUGAGGAUGGUUAUUCGGAGGAAGAGUGCAAGCAGUAUCGAGCGGUGGUCUAUAGUAACACAAUCCAGUCCAUCAUGGCCAUCAUCAAAGCCAUGAGCAACCUCAAAAUCGAAUACGAGGACUCUUCCAGAGCGGAUGACGCCCGUCAGUUGUUUGCCCUGGCAGGGGCAGCAGAGGAACAGGGCAUUCUUCCAGACGACCUGGCCAAUGUCAUCACCAGACUGUGGGCCGACGGAGGUGUACAGAGCUGCUUCACCCGUGCCAGAGAAUAUCAGCUCAACGACUCUGCUGCAUAUUAUCUGAAUGAUAUGGAGAGGAUAGGCAAAUCAGACUACAUCCCAACCCAACAAGACGUGUUGAGGACCAGAGUGAAGACCACCGGCAUCGUAGAGACACAUUUUACCUUUAAAGACCUGCACUUCAAGAUGUUUGAUGUCGGCGGUCAGCGUUCAGAGAGAAAGAAAUGGAUCCACUGUUUCGAAGGCGUGACAGCCAUUAUCUUCUGUGUGGCCAUGAGUGCAUAUGACCUGGUGCUGGCUGAAGAUGAAGAGAUGAAUCGAAUGCAUGAGAGCAUGAAGCUCUUCGACAGCAUCUGCAACAACAAGUGGUUCACCGAGACCUCCAUCAUCCUGUUCCUCAACAAGAAAGAUCUGUUUGAGCAGAAGAUCACACACAGCCCCCUCACCAUCUGCUUCCCUGAAUACACAGGUGCCAACAAUUAUGAUGAGGCCGCAGAGUACAUCCGCACCAAGUUUGAGGACCUGAACAAGAAGAAAGAAACCAAGGAGAUUUACCCUCACUUCACCUGUGCCACCGACACGAAGAACGUCCAGUUUGUUUUUGAUGCCGUCACUGACGUCAUCAUUAAAAACAAUUUGAAGGACUGUGGGCUCUUCUAGAAGACAAAAGCAGGAAGAUGAUUCGAGAUUACUUGACCAGUUUUGAUGACCAGAGGAAGUAGGUGUGGAAAACGUCCUGAGCAUCUGCACUUGACAAUGAUUCCUGCUUUCACAAGAUGACUGAUGGAUCAGAGGAGCCGACACGAUUUCAACUAUUGCCAACAACUAAAGCGUUUGUCUCCCUAACCCUGACACUGUCCCAGCAUUCUGUUUGACAUUUAAUAUCUGUAUUAUUAACUCCAUGGGCUAUGACCACAAAUCAACAACCGUUAUAAUUUCCAUUUGUCUUUUUUGUUUAGUUUG